UUGAAGCUCAGGAUGAUCUUGUCCAAUGCCACAGCCGUGACGCCCUUCCUGACCAAGCUGUGGCAGGAGACAGUUCAGCAGGGCAGCAACGUGUCUGGCCUGGCCCGCAGGUCUUCCCGCGAUGACAGUGAGCUGGCGGCACUCUACAUCCUCAUGGUGCUUGGCUUCUUUGGCUUCUUCACCCUGGGCAUCAUGCUCAGUUACAUCCGCUCGAAGAAACUGGAGCACUCGCACGACCCAUUCAACGUGUACAUUGAGUCAGACGCCUGGCAGGAGAAGGACAAGGCGUACGUCCGGGCCCGGGUGCUAGAGAGCUACAGAGCAUGUUAUGUCUUUGAAAACCAGUUGGCUGUAGAGCAACCCAGCACACACCUUCCCGAGGUGAAGCCUUCAACAUGA